AACGGCUGCCGGGGAGGGAGCUGCGGCAGCGGGAGGCGCAGCUGUGAGUCCGGCGGUCCGUUAGCCGCCCCCGCUACGCCCUUCGCAGUCCUGGCCGUUGGUCGGGCGUCUGCAAUCCCCGGGGUGACCCUCGGCUCUAUGCACUGGGGGAGCGGCGUCACCAGACUCAUGGCCACCCCGGUUGCUCCGUCUUCCUUGGCCCUCAACGCCUCCAGCGUGGCCGGGGCCCCCAGCUCCUACGGCGUCUUCUGCAAAGGGCUCUCCCGCACCCUGCUCGCCUUCUUCGAGCUAGCCUGGCAGCUGCGCAUGAACUUUCCGUAUUUCUACGUCGCGGGCUCGGUGAUCCUCAACAUCCGCUUACAGGUACACAUUUAGUGCCGUAAUUACGCUGCCGCCUUCCCGGCCAGGACAUGGCGCACUCCCAGGAGGCCUGGCGGCGGCGAAAGAAACUUUACAAGCUCGGUGCUCUGGAGUCUCGCGAGAUGGUGCGAGCGCUCUCUGCGGCUGCGCUCUCUGUUCCUAGGCGGGCUUCCCGGGCCGGGGCGGAAAGCGGGCCGCGGCUCGAGAGAGGAAGGUAGCGGUUUUCCGGCGACCGCAAAGGACGAACUUCAGUUAAGGCCUACCGCAGUAUUUAAGAAGCUUUGCAUCCUUAAAAACAGGACGAACGUGACGCCUUGGAAACAAAGGCGGCUACUAAAGUUUUCAGAAAAAAGUUUUUUUAAUGUAUAAGCUCACGGCCCAAAUUACAAUAAGAAAUUUCGGGAAGAUGGGAUUGAAUUGUAACCAAGACUUUGACUACGAGGCUGAAGAUCUUAAAGAUACACGUGUAAGACAAAAAUAUAUUUCUUCAACAUAAGAAAACAAUGACAGUGAAAUUUUCAGUGAGAAACACAACUGUACAGGAAAAGCAUCCUUCUAAUACCAAACCAAGCAAAAUGCAGCUGGAUUUUGAACAGAGGGUUGGAGUUUUGGAAAAAUGGACUCUUUCAGUGUCCCUGUAGUUCAAGACUUUGGAGCCAAAGAAAAGGAAGUCCUCUCUUAGCACUAACCUUGGCUACUUUGUGAAUAACAUUUACACAAUAAUAAUUAAUGUAAAUGAUGUUUAUGGUUA